CCGCUUUGGCCCGGGCAGCGGCGGCUCGGACAUCUCUCCUCCGAGGCAGGGCGGCGCACCGCUCCAGCACGGCGGGUGUGGUCGCACUGCGGAUCGCGCCGGCCUGUGCGGAUCCAGCGCUGCCGCGCAGGGAGCGCGGCUCCGCGCCCCGAUGAGGUCCUUCCGGCACCUCGGGCGGCGCGCGGCCCGCUCCGUGUGGUCGCAGCCGGCCAGGAGCUACACGCCCCUGAUCAGGCUCGGGGCCGGGGCCUCGCCCCGAAAACGGAAGGCGGGCACGAGCUUCGCCCUCCGCCGGCGGGCGCCACCAGGGAUCCGGGCAGCGCGGGGGCCCAGGUGCUCUCCAACGAGUGGUUUGCUCGCGCAGACGUGGACGGGUCGAAGGCCCUGGGCUCCGGCGAGCUCGCGGCCCUGAUGGAGUCCAUCGGGAUACCGCUGAGGGAGUCCGAGCAGCAGAGGUUCUUCGACUUCUUCGCCAAGAACAAGAAGGACGAGAUCUCCUACCCCGAGUUCGUCUCCGUCCUGCGCGGGCAGAUGCCCCAGUUCGCGGCCUCCCUCGGCUUCAUGAACCAGUACACCGGCCACUACCCCACCGCCAUGGCGGGGUUCAACCAGCUCCUCCCGCGGUUUGACUCCCAGGAGUCUGACGAGUGGGUCGAGUCCCUGGACGCCGUCAUCCAGCACCAUGGCCCCCUUCGGACGCGCUUCCUGCUGCACGAGCUGAUGGACGAGGCCAUCCGCAGGGGCGUGAAGAUCUCGCCAUCGGUCACGACGCCAAUGUGCAACACCAUCCCCACGACGGCUGAGCCCGACUACCCUGGCGACCUGAAGAUGGAGGGCCGCAUCUCGAACUUGGUCCGCUGGAACGCGGCCGUCAUGGUCAGCGACGGCAACAAGCGCGCCCCGGGAGUCGGCGGGCACAUCGGGACGUUUGCGUCCGUCUGCGACAUCUGGGAGGUGGCGAUGAACCACAUCUACCGAGGCAAGGGCUACGGCGGUGGCAUGGGCGACUCCAUCUACAUGCAGGGGCACGCGGCCCCCGGCGCCUACGCCCGGGCGUACCUGGAGCAGCGGCUGAGCCUCGAGCGGAUCAUGAACUUCCGGCAGGAGGUCGGCGGCAAGGGCCUCUCGAGCUACCCGCACCCCAGGCUGAUGCCGGACUUCUGGGAGAACCCCACCGUGUCCAUGGGGCUGGGGCCGCUCUCGGCCGUGACGCAGGCCCGGCUCUUCCGGUACCUGCACCUGCGCGGCCUGGCCGACACCUCGAACAGCCGCGUCUGGUGCUUCAUCGGCGACGGCGAGAUGGACGAGCCCGAGUCGAUCUACGCCAUCGCGAGGGCCGGCUACGAGAGGCUCAACAACCUCAUCAUGAUCGUCAACUGCAACUACCAGCGCCUGGACGGGCCCGUGCGCGGCAACUCCAAGGUGAUCCAGGAGUUCGAGGGGGUGUUCCGCGGCGCCGGCUUCGACUGCAUCAAGCUGAUAUGGGGCGACGUGUGGAACGACCUGGUCGACAACGACCACGACGGCAGGCUGAUCGAGGUGCUGGAGCGCUGCCCCGACGGCGACUGCCAGCGGUACGCGGCCAAGCAGGACGGCGCCCUGGUGCGCAAGGAGCUCUUCGAGGCGAACGGACUGGCCGACAGGGUGGCGCACCUGUCGGACCAGGAGCUCAUCUCCGCCUUCAUGCUUCCCGGCGGCCACGACCACAAGAAGAUCUAUGCGGCCCUCAAGCAGGCCGAGACCAACGCCGAGAGCGGAGGCCGCCCGACGGCGAUCCUCGCCAAGACGCUGAAGGGCUUCAGCCUGGCCACCUUCCAGGGCAGGAACACCGUGCACCAGCAGAAGAGCCUCAAGCUGGACGAGAUGCUCACCUUCCGGGACGUGCUGGACAUCCCGCUGACGGACGAGCAGAUCGAGAAGGGCGGCGCCGGGCAGGGCGGCGAGUUCUUCAGGAAUCCGGGCCCGGACUCGCCCGAGGUCAAGUACAUGGUGGAGAGGCGCCGCGCGCUGGGCGGCUUUCUGCCGACGCGCGUUCCGGCCCAGAUCUCCAAGCUCGUCGAGCUCCCGACCGCGGACAACUUCACGAUCUUCGACAAGGGAAACCCGAAGCCUGGGAGCACCACCAUGGCGUUCGCCACACUCCUCCGGCGGCUCAUGAAGGCCGGCGACUUCGGUCAGCGCUGCGUGCCCAUGAUCACCGACGAGGCGCGCACGUUCGGCCUGAACGCGUUCUUCCACGAGUUCAAGAUCCACGCCCCGUUCGGACAACACUACACCCCCGUGGACCACGACAUCCUCAUGAAGUACAGCGAGGCCCCCGACGGCAGGAUCUUGCAGGAGGGCAUCAGCGAGGCGGGCGCACUCUGCACCUGGAUCGCGACGGGCACCGCGUACGCCUCCCAGGGCUGCCCGAUGAUGCCCUUCUUCAUAUACUACUCCAUGUUCGGUUUCCAGCGCGUGGGCGACCAGAUCUGGCAGGCCGCCGACGCGCGCGCCAGGGGCUUCCUGCUGGGCGCGACGGCGGGCCGCACGACCCUGAACGGCGAGGGCCUGCAGCACCAGGACGGCCACUCCCUGCUCAUGGCCCUCACCAACCCCGCCGUCGUCGGCUGGGACCCCGCUUUCGCCUACGAGCUGUCCUAUCGAACACGGCAUCAAGGAGAUGUGGGGAGAGGACAAGGACCUGAUCUACUACGUCUCCGUGUACAACGAGAACAUGCCGAUGCCCCCCGCGCCUGA